AGAGCUCCAACUCUCCUCCCCAUCACCGCCAUCAUCAUCAUCUUGCAAACCCCCAUCUUCUACUGCCCCCGCAGAGCUUUCAAGGUACUAAGAGAGCUCCAUUAAUUAUAUCUUAUUCUACCUUUUUUCAUUGCUCCCUUCUAUAAGCCUAUCUGGUUCCGAUAGACCGCCGCCAAGAUGUCGUCGCUCGAAGCAACCAUGAUCAUCGUGGACAAUAGUGAAAGCAGUAGAAAUGGAGACUAUACCUCGACAAGAUGGCAAGCACAGAUUGAUGCCGUCAGCGUCAUUCACACUGCCAAGAUGCGCGUACAUCCCCAAUCAGCUGUCGGACUUAUGAGUAUGGGUGGAAAGGGCCCUGAGGUUCUGUCAACGUUUACCUCCGACUUUGGUGCCAUCCUGGCCGGUCUGCACCGCACUAAGAUCCAUGGCACUGCCCACCUUAGCUCUAGUAUACAAGUGGCCGGCCUUGCUCUCAAACACCGUUCCGAGAAGUCCCAGCGCCAACGCAUCGUCGUGUUCUCGUGCUCUCCGAUCGACGAAGAUGAGAAGACAUUGGUUAAACUGGCUAAGAAGAUGAAGAAAAACAACGUGUCUAUCGAUGUCAUUGCCUUCGGGGAUCUUGAAUCCGAUCAAACUAAGAAGCUAGAGGCCUUUGUCGAGAACGUUAAGGGCGGCGACGGCUCACACCUUGCCAUCAUCCCUCCCGGACCGAACCUGUUGAGUGAGGAACUCCAAAUGACGCCCAUCCUAGGCGGCGAUGGCGCUGGAGCAGGCGGAGAUAACGCAGGCGGUGGUGAUUCCGGCGAUUUCGGUUUCGAAGACGCGGCUGAAAAUGACCCCGAAUUAGCGUUCGCCCUGCGCUUGUCCCUGGAAGAAGAGAAAAACCGGCAGGAGAAGGAGAAGAGGGACCGAGAGGAGCAAGACCGCAAAGGCAACCUAGAUAACAUUCCUGAGGAAGGACAACCGGGUGGUGAAUCGAGCGGGGGCAAAGAUAAGAAGGAGGACGGUGACAAGAUGGACACCGCGUAGAGAAGGAACCCAAAUAACUUGAGGACGAAUUUGAUGCAUACCCGGCGUUUUCAUUGUGCUUUUCGUAUUUUCUUGUAUUCUAGAAAGCGAUCCUAGUCGAUACGCUUUUGGAAGGAUGUGACUGAAGUCUAUCGUAUGUGUC